CGGCGCGGGGCGGGCGGGAGCAGCGCGCGGCGGGCGCGGCCAUGGAGGACGUGAGCGCCAAGUUCGUGUCGCAGAAGAUCAGCCGGACGCGCUGGCGGCCCCCGCCCGCCGCCUCCCUACAGCCUCCCGACGUCUUCGCUACCGGGUCCUGGGACAACGAGGAUAACAGGAUCUCCUUUUGGUCUGCGGACGACCUUGGAAAUGUGGGCCUCAAUGGUGAAUAUCAUGGAGAACCUCACCUGCUGUGUGAUAUCCAGCACAAUGGUGAUGUUAUGGACAUGCAGUUUUUGGAUCAAGAGAGAAUUGUUGUUGCCUCAUCGACAGGAACUGUAACUAUAUUCCGUCAUCAUCAAAAUAACCAGACAUUAUCUGCCAACCACCGGUGGGAGAGAGCCCAUUAUCACGUGGAUCAAGACACAUCUUGUGGUGGAGCAGCAUGUACUGGAGUCGUCUGCAACAACCCAGAAAUUGUCACUGUUGGAGAAGAUGGUAGAAUAAAUCUCUUCAGAGCUGACCAAAAAGAUGCAGUAAGAACUAUAGACAAUGCAGACAGCAGUACGCUCCAUGCAGUGACUUUCCUUCGCACAACUGAGAUCUUGACAGUAAAUUCAAUUGGACAGUUAAAAAUAUGGGACCUCAGACAGCAAAGAAAUGAGCCAUCUCAAAUAUUUUCUUUGGCAGGUGACAGAGUUCCACUGCACUGUGUGGACAGGCAUCCCAAUCAGCAGCAUAUUGUGGCCACGGGGGGCCAGGAUGGGAUGCUGAGCAUAUGGGACAUCAGGCAGGGUACUAUGCCAGUGUCCCUGCUAAAUGCUCAUGAAGCAGAAAUGUGGGAAGUUCACUUCCAUCCCUCCAACCCUGAUCACUUAUUUACAUGUUCUGAAGAUGGAUCACUUUGGCACUGGGAUUCUUCCACAAAUGUAUCUGAAAAACCAUCUUUUCUUCAUCAAGGAGGAAGAAGUACUACCUAUCUUUCCCACAAUACCAUUAACCAGUCUGUAGUAAGUGCCUGGCUAAGCAACGAUCCUACCAAAGACCGCAUGGAAAUCACCAACUUAAUUCCAAAUCAGACUUUGUCUGUGAAUAGCUUAGAUGUUUUAGGACCAUGCCUAGUAUAUGGUACUGACGCAGAGGCUAUUUAUGUGAACAGACAACUUUUUGCAUGAAAUGACUGCAGUAUCCCGUUGAAGUACUGAUCAACUUGAACUACUGGGAAAUGUCAGGUUCACUGUUAUUGCUACUCGUUGGUCUGUUAUUGGCGGGUGGGGGAGAGACCUACAGCUUGGUCCUGGUACUGCAGAAGAAAUGUGAGGUACCUCAGAUUCUGACAGCUGUCACUCGCUAUUCAUACUCUGGGAUGGGUAAUUGAGCAAGCUUACAUGCCAUUUCUUCCCUGCUGCCUGUUUGGAUAAGGAGGAAAGUAGUCACUACGGCAAGAUCUUUGCUGUAAAGUUAUGUCUAUAAUACACACAUGCAUAAAAACUGAAGAAAAGGUAAACCCUGGAUUUUUAUUUUUCCCUGUAAAGAUAUUUUUCAAGUAUUAUUUCUAAAGCAAAACUAUGGCGUUCUUUGAAAUUCUUUUUAUGUCACCUGAGAGACAUGAGGGUUUUUUUAAGCAGAGGGGGUUUUUUAUAUAUUUAGGGGAACAUAACUUUUAAUGUUAGUUCAUGAGAACUGGAAGGAAAACUGUUAAAGCUAUGAAAUCUAAAAGGUUCUUUAAGAAUCUAAGCAUUCUAGCAACAUUAUUUUGCAUUAUAUACAGCUUUAUCGUGGGUGCUGCAUGUUAAAACCUGAUAAUGCACCAGUAAAUUUACCAACUGAAAAGUGGUUUUUAUAAUUAAGAGGUCAUAUUUGACAGAUGUGUUGGCUGUGUUUUCAGGUGUAAGAAUAAGACUUUCUAAACUUGAGACAUAGUCUUUGUCAAAAUUUCAUGUCUGGUCUGUUGAAAUCUUGGAAAAUUUCAAUUUUAUGAUUAGCAUUGUACCUACCUUUUGUUACAAAGAACCCUUUCUCUUUUUAAUAAAAAGUUUUGCACAAGA